AUGACCCCGCCGGGGCCCCCACAGUGCAAAGCAGGGAUCGUAAUGCAAGCCGCCAUCAUCUUGGGCCUGUGCCUUUUGACGCCACGUGUCAUAAGUUCGCUGGCCAAUUCGACCAUCACCAUCGAAAGUGGUAACUUGGAAGGCCAGCCUGCCAAUGACCUAGGUAUCAAGGCUUUUCUCGGAAUUCCGUAUGCAGCUCCUCCUGUCGGGAAGUUGCGAUGGUCAGCUCCGCAACCCGUCUCGGCCUUAUCCGGCGUUCGCAACGCUACCACUUUUGGAGCAAGCUGUUACAGUGCAGCCCCCACCUAUCCACAACACGGCCCUGUGAGUGAGGACUGCCUUUUUGCGAAUGUGUGGACCGGCGCGCUGUUCGCCAUCGAGGCCCGGCCAGUUAUGGUCUGGUUCCAUGGUGGUGGUUUCCAAUUUGGAAGCUCGAGCGUGCCGCUUUACAAUGGGAGUAAACUUGCAGAACACGGUGUCAUCGUUGUUAGCUUCAAUUAUCGGCUCGGCGUGUUCGGUUUCUUGGGCUUGGAAGAACUAGACCAACAAGGAACGCCCUCAGGCAACUACGGUCUUCAGGAUCAACUUGCUGCUCUGCUUUGGGUCAAAAAGAAUAUUCGAGCGUUUGGCGGUGAUCCUGAAAACGUGACUGUCUUCGGACAGUCAGCAGGAGCGCACUCUAUCGGUAUCCUCAUCGCCUCUCCCCUUGCUACGGGCCUCUUCCACAAGGCGAUCUUGGAGAGCGGCGCAUACUGGGACAGCGAGCAUGGGUCCUUGAGGACCUUUUCGGAGGCACGAGCUCAAGGCGCGGCUUUUGCGAAGCAGCUCGGUGCACCUUCUUUAACGCAACUUCGCACACUUACUGCAGAAAGUGUCAACCACGCCGGAUCUUGGAAUGCAAGCACGGAUCCAGGCUUGACUGCGUUCGCUCCGAGUAUAGACGGCUACGUCGUUCCGACCUUCCCUGCUCAGACUUUCGACGUCGGCAAGUCGCAAAAGGUCCCCUUGCUCGCGGGCUUCAAUGCCGCGGAGGGAGUCGCCUUCCUUCCCCGAAUUGUCCCUCACGUACCGACUGCUCGUUAUGCCCAAUCGGCAAAAACUCUGUUCGGAGUUACGACCCCCUUCUUCCUAUCUUUGUAUCCGGGAGACACGCAGGCGCAAGCCAACCUGUCUGCUCUAGAUCUGCUCGGCGAUUUGGUUAUUCGCGAGCAGACGUUCGAGACCAUUGACAGACAAGCCAACAUAAAUCGCCAGGAUGUUUACGCCUACUAUUACACCUACACUAGUGCAUACUCCCCGAUCGCGGUCCACACGGCAGAGAUCAACUACGUCUUCGGCAAUCUCAUACCGAGUCCUUCAUUAGGUCCAACCGGCACUCCGACGGCGGCCGACGUCGAUCUUUCCAUGACAAUGUUAGCGUACUGGACAAAUUUCGCCAAGACUGGCAGUCCCAAUAGCGCCAGCCUGCCCUUCUGGCCCAAAUAUUCGUUGCCGUCGGAUGCUUUCCUAGAACUCGGCAACAACGUCACAGUUAUUCCCAACCCUUUCCGCGCCCGUUUCCAAUUUCUGAGUAGUCUGCGCAAGAACGGAGUACUGCCGUCGAGCUGGAGACAUGAUUUCACCGACAACUGA